AUGGAUUCCAGCUCACAUAAAUUCUAUCCUGUACACGGCUUUGAUUCUAGAGAACAUCUGGAAACAUAUUUUUCUAACAAACCUGAAGUGGUCUUUGGAGACGAUAUAACGAAAUUUCCAAUGGAAUGUUUACACCGUGCUUUCAGUGAGGGAGGGACAGAUUGCUCUGCUUCUGGACUUUUUUCUUCAUUUAUGAUUGCUGACACCUGUGUUGAACAGGUUAAUGGAAAAGAAAGUUAUUUCAGCACAGGAGAUGGCAAUCAUAAAUUAAGAGGUCACAUUAAGGGAGAACUUUUGAUAGACAUAAGUACUGGAGCCUUCAUUCAUCAUCUCUAUACAGCCAGUGGAUAUUUCAAACAGAUCUGCGCGCUGAAGUGCUCUGAGCAAUGCAUUAUGGAGCUGAACAAAUGGAAUAACAAACGUACUGGAGCGUUUGAUUGGUCUCAUAUAAUAAAACAUAUUAAAUGCCUAGAAGGAAACAGUGACCUAUGUCAGGACAAAGACAUAACGUUGAACACAGCAAUAACAAAGAUCAUGAAAUGUGACACUGACAAAGAGAAUCUCACAGACCCGGAGGUGCUCCCACCAGCAGACUGUGUCAUCAGUGCAGUACUAUUGGAAUUCAUCAGCAAAGACCAAAAUGAUUAUAUAGGGAAUUUUAGGAAAUUUGUGAAGCUACUAAAACCUGAAGGAUACCUGAUAUUGUUCGGUGCUUUAAAUACAACUUAUGCGAUGAUUGGGCAGGACAAGGUACAUGUGUUCAAAUAUGAUGAGAGCUUUGUAAGAAAAGUUCUCAUUGAUGAAGGGUUUAUUAUUGAUCACUGGGCAGUCCAGAAAAGAACAGCAGUGAGUGACCUUAUAGACUAUAAGGAAAUUAUAUUUAUCACAGCUCGCAGAGAGUAA